CUAGGUCUUCAGAGCUACUGAAAGAUAAUUUCGGGAGACUUCAUAUUCAAAGGUUUACAAAAAAGGAUUCCUCAUGUCCGUAACAUGUUGGUUGAGGCUGUGCAGCUCGCCCCCACUCCCAGAGUGGCCAGUCUCCAUUAAUUGGACCCCGUGAUUCCCUCUCUGUUGUGCUGGACGUCAUGAGCAUUGCAGUCCCUCUGGGAGUCACCACACCAGAUACAUCCUACUCAGAUAUGGCCGCUGGAUCCGAAAAGGAAGUGGAAGCCCCCUACCUUUCAAGACGAAGUGGCACUACACCAGGAUGUGAAAGUCCAGCGAAAGAGACCCAAGGGGCCUAGGGGGCGGCACAGCCCCAGAAGCCAAGUCUAUUCCAGGCAGUACCAGGGAUUAGGGUCUGGGCUGGAAAAAUCCUGGUGUUGUGAAUAUGUUCAGGUCCAGUUCAGACUCUUGAUCCCACAGCCACUUCUUGAGUGAGACUUGCACGUGAAGUGCAUAUGUUCAUAUUUACCCAGUUUGGAGAUGGGUAAGAUACAACCAACAUAGCUCCAUCUCCAUGGCCAUCUUCUUACGUUUUCAUGCAACUUCUCCUUUUUCCCAGUCCCCCAAAAAUUCAUUUCUAAUAAACUGCUGUCAUAUUUCACUCCAUGUGUUCAGUGGUUCAAAAUAUCUCCUACAAAAUACGUAUAGCUCUUUGGAAUACUUGUUAAUCCAGCAAAUUAACAACGUGUGCAAAAGUUAUUACUUUAACUGUCCAUCGUAGAGACUAAAUUCUCCAUUUUAUUAAUGCUUGUUUGCCUUUGGCUUCAUUUAGGAAACCCCACCUGUUUCCUAAUACUCAGAGCUAUCUCAGUUAGCCAUGUUCAGAUCAUCUUUUGCUCAAGAAUACUGACCUGCAUUCUUGAUGUGUGCCCACCCCAGUUCCCAUCUUGCAGAUACUCUUCAGUAAAAAAGUGCAUGCACUUAACUAACAAGAGAAUACUUUCCUAUGUUUAAGUUCUUCUUCACCUAGAAAUUACCUUUGCUGUUAUUAAUAAGAUCCCUUCACACAGUUUUGGAGCAAAUAACUGGGGUAUCCUGUCUUGGUAGUGAAUGGAAGAGGGCCUGGUCCCUGGGGCAGUACAGAAGGCACUUUCAUCAUCUCACUCACUGCAAAUGUCAUGUGAGGUUUCAUGGAAGUAUUAAGAGAUCCAAUUAAGAAGAAUAGUUCUGAGUCUAAAGCAGCCCAGAGUGGCUUCUCUAGGGGAAACUCCCUGCUCAGCGGCCCUGAAUCUGUGGAAGCUAGUCCAGCAGUUAAUGAGAAGAGCGUGUAUUCCACUCAUAAUUAUGGGACCACUCAGAGGCAUGGGUGUCGAGGACUGCCUUAUGCUGAUCAUAAUUACGGAGCCCCUCCUCCUCCGACACCUCCUGCUUCUCCCCCUGUCCAGACGAUCAUCCCUCGUUCUGACCUGAACGGCCUGCCGUCGCCCGUAGAGGAGCGCUGUGGAGAUAGCCCGACCCCCGAAGGAGAGACUGUGCCUCCCUGGUGUCCUUGUGGUCUUUCUCAGGAUGGCUUCCUUCUCAGCUGUGACAAGUGCAGGGGAAUGAGCAGGGGGAAGGUUAUUAGACUUCACCGGCGGAAGCAGGACAACAUAUCAGGUGGGGAUAGCAGCGCAACAGAAAGCUGGGAUGAGGAGCUUUCUCCUUCCACUGUGUUGUACACAGCAACACAGCACACACCUACAAGCAUCACCUUAACUGUUAGAAGAACCAAACCUAAGAAGCGGAAAAAGAGUCCAGAAAAAGGUCGUGCAGCGGCAAAGACGAAGAAAAUCAAGAAUUCUCCUGAUGCCCAGAAUUUAGAUGAGAAUACAACUGAGGGAUGGGAAAAUCGGAUCAGACUGUGGACUGAUCAGUAUGAAGAAGCUUUCACUAAUCAGUACAGUGCAGAUGUACAGAACGCCCUUGAACAGCACCUCCAUUCUAACAAGGAAUUUGUGGGAAAGCCUGCUAUUUUAGACACAAUUAAUAAGACUGAAUUGGCCUGUAAUAAUACUAUUAUUGGUUCCCAAAUGCAGCUACAGUUGGGAAGAGUUACUCGUGUCCAGAAGCACCGGAAGAUACUGCGGGCUGCAAGAGAUUUGGCUUUAGACACUCUUAUUAUAGAAUACCGUGGGAAAGUCAUGUUACGGCAACAAUUUGAGGUCAAUGGGCAUUUCUUCAAAAAACCAUAUCCCUUUGUGCUCUUCUACUCAAAAUUCAAUGGUGUAGAGAUGUGUGUGGAUGCACGUACUUUUGGUAACGAUGCUCGGUUCAUCAGAAGAUCAUGUACACCAAAUGCAGAGGUGCGACACAUGAUUGCAGAUGGGAUGAUCCACCUGUGCAUCUACGCUGUGUCUGCCAUCACUAAGGAUGCUGAGGUCACCAUCGCAUUUGAUUAUGAGUAUAGUAAUUGUAAUUACAAAGUCGACUGUGCCUGCCACAAGGGGAACCGAAAUUGCCCUAUACAGAAGAGGAAUCCUAAUGCUGCAGAGCCACCACUCCCACCUCCUCCAAUCCUCCCUACCAUGGGAGCCGAAACCAGGCGAAGAAAGGCGCGACGGAAAGAGCUAGAGAUGGAGCAGCAGAAUGAGGCUGCAGGAGAGGAUAACGGCCAGCAACCAGAACAGGCUCCGGAGAAAGUGACUAUUCCAAGUGACAAUGAGGAAAUAGACAAUCCUGAAGAAAAGGCAGAAGAAGAGAAAGAAGAGGCUGUAGAUGACCAAGAGAACCCAGCUCAAAGCCGAAGAACCCGGGAAGAUAGGAAGGUUGAAGCUAUCAUGCAUGCUUUUGAAAACUUGGAGAAAAGAAAGAAACGGCGAGAUCAACCUUUGGAACAAAGCAACUCCGACGUGGAGAUUACUAGCACUUCAGAGACUCCUGUGGGAGAAGAGCAGAAAACAGAGGCCCCUGAAAUUGAAGUUAGCAAUACUGUUUCAAACAUUUCCUUACCGAGCACUAUCCAGAGUGUUGGCGUAAAUACCCGGAGAUCUUCUCAAGCAGGAGAUGUUGCUGCAGAAAAACCAGUCUCCAAGCCACCUCCAGCAAAGCCUUCAAGACCCCGCCCGAAGAGCCGCAUUUCUCGGUACCGGACCAGUUCAGCCCAAAGACUGAAGCGUCAGAAGCAGGCCAUAGCACAGCAGGCAGAGCUGGCACAGUCUGCUUUGGAAGAGGGAGGCAGUCACUGCUCUGUCGCUCCUAUUGAAGCUGGAAGUAUAGACAGUACAGGAGAAAAUAGACAGUCCACAGGGUCUGACCCAGCUGUGGUGUCCAUUACUGGGUCCCAUGUCAAUCGUGCUGCAGCUAAAUACCCCAAAACCAAAAAGUAUCUAGUUACGGAAUGGUUGAAUGACAAAGCAGAGAAACAAGAGUGCCCGGUGGAGUGCCCUUUGCGUAUCACCACGGACCCAACUGUGUUGGCAACAACUUUGAACAUGCUCCCGGGUCUUAUCCAUUCCCCAUUAAUUUGCACCACCCCAAAACACUACAUACGCUUUGGCUCACCUUUUAUCCCUGAAAGGCGUCGAAGGCCACUUCUGCCUGAUGGCACAUUCAGCUCCUGUAAAAAGCGCUGGAUAAAACAAGCCUUAGAAGAAGGUAUGACACAAACAUCACCUGUACCCCCAGAGACUAGAACUCAGCACCUAUACCAAAGUAAUGAAAGUAGUAGUUCUUCUAGUAUCUGCAAAGACAAUGCAGACUUGUUAAGCCCACUGAAGAAAUGGAAGUCUCGAUACCUGAUGGAGCAGAGUGUCACUAAGUUACUUCAACCUCUUUCUCCCGUCACACCACCUCCUCCUAACGUGGACUCUAAGAGCCCCCAGCUACCCGGCCCAUCUCACCCCGGAGAAGAGGAAUGUCGGAACGGAUAUAGCCUCAUGUUCUCGCCAAUUCCAUCACUUACUACUGCUAGUCGCUGCAAUACUCCUCUGCAGUUUGAGCUUUGUCAUCGGAAAGACCUGGACUUGACCAAAGCGGGCUACCUGGACUCCAACACUAACAGCUGUGCUGAUAGAACUUCCCUGAUCGGCUCAGGUCAUUCGGAUCUGGCUCCGCACCCCUCCCUCGGACCCCCCUCGGACACUGGCUUUCCCAGCAGGAGUGGAGAUGGACCUCAGAGCCUUGUGAGGAACUCAGACCAGGCAUCGUUUCGGACCGAAUUUAACCUAAUGUAUGCCUACUCCCCAUUGAACGCUAUGCCUCGAGCAGAUGGAUUAUACCGAGGGUCUCCCCUCGUCGGGGACCGGAAGCCUUUACAUUUGGAUGGGGGCUAUUGUUCCCCCGCUGAAGGCUUUUCCAGCAGAUAUGAACAUGGUUUCAUGAAAGACCUGUCUCGUGGAUCCAUGUCACCAGGUGGCGAAAGGGCCUGUGAAGGAGUCCCGUCUGCCCCCCAGAACCCUCCCCAGAGGAAAAAGGUAUCCCUGCUAGAGUACCGCAAGCGGAAACAGGAAGCCAAGGAGAAUUCUGCAGGUGGGGGGGCAGACCCCGCACAGAGCAGAAACAAGUCAGGAGGAGCAGGGCAUGGCAGCAGUGACUCACCUUCUGACGCUGGAGCCCAUGGUGUGCAGGGAUCCUCGGCCCGAACCCCAUCUUCCCCUCACAAAAAAUUCUCCCCUUCUCACUCGUCUCUGUCUCACUUGGAGGCAGUAAGCCCAUCGGAUUGCAGAAGCUCUUCAGCUCACUGCAGACCACAAGAGAGUAUCAGCAGUCGGUGGAUGGUACCCACUUCAGUAGAAAGACUCCGAGAAGGGGGGAGCAUCCCCAAGGUCCUUCGAAGCAGUGUGAGGGUGACCCACAAAGGAGAGGCCUCUCCACCCUGGGAGAGCAGCAGCAACGAGAAGGACUCAGAUCCUACAGAUGGGGAAGGCCCAGAAACACUGAGCUCAGCGCUUACGAAGGGUGCCACUGUUUACAGCCCUUCGAGAUACAGCUACCAGCUCCUGCAGUGUGAGAGCCCGCGGACGGAACCCCAGAGCCUGUUGCAGCAGGGCUCCUCCCCCUUCCGAGGGCACCCCACUCAGUCUCCCGGCUACAGCUACCGGACUGCUGCCCUGAGGCCAGGGAAUCCCCCCUCUCAAGGCUCCUCCGAGUCCUCCCUGUCCUCUGCGUCCUACUCCAGCCCCGCCCACCCUGUGUCCACAGACUCGGCCCCGUUCGCAGGGACCCCCGGCUACUACAGCAGCGGUGGCACUCUGCCCCGGAGGAGCUGCUCUUCCAGUGCUAGCCCGACCCCCCAGGGGCCCCCCGACUCCCCGGCCUCAGAUUCCAUCUCUCAGUCCAGCACAGGAACUGGGAGCUCCACUUCCCACCCUCAGAACUCUCGGUCGUCUUUGCCAUCAGACUUGCGGACUAUCAGUCUGCCCAGUGCAGGGCAGGCAGCUGCCUACCAGGCCUCCAGGGUAUCUGCCGUCUCCAGCUCCCAGCACUACCCGCACCGCGGCAGUGGUGGCGUGCACCAGUACCGGCUGCAGCCCUUGCAAGGGUCCAGCGUCAAGACGCAGACAGGACUUUCCUAGGGCCGCUGGGUUUGGGCAGACAGAACUGAAUGAGCCCAUAGCUGCUUCCUCCCAGCUGCCUCUGGAACCCAGGCCGAGCAGAUUGCUGGGGAAGGGGUGCAAGGUGCCAGAGGGUCGGGUCUGGUUGACAAGAAGCAAGACUUGUGGUCACGACUGACUCUGGCCUCGGAGAAAAGAUGUAGAUCUUGUCUGAAGCAGAGACUCUAAAGAAGUUUCUCCCUGCUGUUAAGGGUACAUUGUUGACGAGCAAAUGGUGUUUGGGUUAGUAACGGUUUUAAGUGCAAUGAGUCGUGUCACACCUCCGUCUCCCAUCCUUGCCUGUAGCCUGUAGUCACUUGUGCAGUGAGGACAUCUUUUUAAAUAAAUUUUUUUUAAAGUUUUCUUUUAAAA